AAAGGAUAGACCCGGGUUCGGCAGGGAGCAAGGCAUCUGGCGUCGGCCUCGCAUUAAAAUCCUAGGGUUUCUUUCACUUCUCCAGAGAAGAGAAUUUUACCAGAGAAAAAGCCAUCUUCAAGAAUCGAAACCUAGGGUUUUUUCUGCGGCGGAAGCUAUGCCGAAGAAUAAGGGUAAGGGAGGGAAGAACAGAAAGAGAGGAAAGAACGAAGCCGACGAUGAGAAGAGAGAGCUCGUCUUCAAAGAAGACGGCCAAGAGUACGCUCAGGUGCUCCGUAUGCUAGGCAACGGCCGGUGCGAGGCCAUGUGUAUCGACGGCACCAAGCGGCUCUGCCAUAUCCGUGGCAAGAUGCACAAGAAGGUCUGGAUCGCUGCCGGUGAUAUAAUUCUCGUCGGCCUCCGGGACUACCAGGACGACAAGGCCGAUGUGAUCCUCAAGUACAUGCCCGAUGAGGCUAGGCUGUUGAAGGCUUAUGGAGAGUUGCCUGACAACACCAGGCUCAACGAGGGUAUUGGUGGUGGAUUGGAUGAGGAGGAUGACGGCACUGGCAACGAUUAUAUUGAGUUUGAGGACGAGGAUAUUGAUAAAAUUUAAGCGCUUGGGUUUGGAUUGGAUUGGGUUUCCGAGUUCGGCGAUCACGGUCUCCACAGCUUCCGUUCUAAUUGCGCCCCUCCCCCUUCUUCUUCCUUUUAAUUGCCAUAUGAUGCUAAAUGAUCUGUAAUAUUUGAAGCUCUAGUAUGCCUGAGUUUUACAUGUUAUGACCUUUGCAUGGUGAAUUAAUGCAAUAAUAGCCUGUUAUCUCUUUAGUUUGACUGUUCUGUUGGCAGCUUGGAAUUGUUGUAUGUUUUAGGUAUUCAUAAUCAAAUGAUUUCCCUCAUUUUGCUGACUA